AUGGAAAUAUACAUCAAGGACAAAGUCAAAGAGAGGACUCUGUGGCACAUUGCUGGAAACCUCAUCAAGUUUCCUCCCUGGAGAGCGUUCCUCACGCACACGGCAGACGCCUGCAUUCUGACGAACAAGUCCUACCAACUCCCGAUCCUCCCCGUCUCCUGCCUUACCGGUCCCAGGGUGCGGGAAGGUGGGGUGGGUGCUCUACGCCAGUUCCAAGGAGUCCGCCCGGCGCUCCAACUCUUCCCGUGCGGUACCGCUGAGUCCCGGGAUUCGGCUAGCGCACUGCGGGACAACAGGGCGUCAGCGCGCAGCGCCCCGGGCUGCGGCCCCCUGACCGACCGGCCAGGCGGGAGAAGGCGGGGCCGCGGCACGGAGCCCACCCCGCGCCGCCGGCCUGGGCGCGCGGAGGGAGGAGUUUUCCCAGAAUGGGACUGCCGGGAAAACAGGGGAGAUCCCUAUUCCUGGAGGAGUGAGUCAACCGGGAGAGAGGAAGGGAGCGCGGGGCACACGGAGCGGGCGGCGGGAGGAAGGGAAACGGUAAAGGGGCCGCGAGAAGCGCGGCGGGGCGAGGGGGAAAGAAAGAGGCCGGGACGGGGCGCGCCGGGAACCUACGGUCCAAGGCGGGAACGUGCCGGCGGAGAGAAAAGAGCGGCCGGAGCACACGGCAUUCCUGACUCCCUUUCCCAGGAGCCGAAGACCUUCCUUUUAACCCGGGGUGGAGGUGCCCCGUGGGUGGACGCGCCCCUGGCCUUCCGCCCUGCCACCCUCGGGGUCCGGUUGCCGGCCGGCGUCCUACGGCACAAGUCUGUGCAAGGCGGGGGAAGGGGCGGGCACCCGACGCGCAGGAAGGGCUGCUCCCUUCCCCGCGGCUCCCACCAAAGGACGCUCGCUCCGGGGAACCAGGAAGCAGGAACUCCCGGGCUCCAUUCCCAGAUCCACCCCCAGGGCCUCCACGCUUGCCCUCCCCGGCUUUAG